AUGGAUAACAACUCGGUGAAAUAUGAGACUAAUAACAUUCGGGAUAGUUACAAUACUAGCAGCAACAACAACAACAACAGCGUUCUUGACAACAACCAAAUUACUCCAAACAACAAAACCUCCAACAAAAUCGACACUCCAAGCAACAACAUCAACAGCACUCCAAAAAACAACAACAACAGCAGCAAUUACAGUCCAAACAACAUCAACAAAGACCUCAACGUGACUCCUAACAACAACAACAACAACAUUACUGCAAAUUACAUUAACAGUCCAAACAACAACACUCCGAACAACAACAACGACGACGACAACCAAAUGUCCAUUUACUACACCCAACUUCAAAACCUCCUACCACAGCCACAAAUAAACAACCCACAAUCGCGACUUCAACUGCUACAAAACGUCAUCGACUACAUAGCCGAUUUAGAAGAAAUGACGUCAUCGAGCGAAUGCACUUCCGAUCCUAAGUCAUAUUCAGAGUCUUCGGCUACUACGCCAUCUCUUUCCGGUAAGCUAUAUCCAGUGUCUUUCACCACUGCUACGUCAUCGUCUUCCUCUUCCGGAUAUAACAAGAUGGCGUCUAUUGUGAGAAAUUUGAAUGAGUCGUUUGUUGUUGACUCGCUCGUGACAUUUAAAAUGAAAUGA